AUGACAGAACCAGAAAUCGGUGGCAGAACAGUGUUUACUGAUGUUAAAACUUCAGUACCAUGUACUAAAAACGCAGCGCUGUUUUGGUACAAUUUAAUGCGAAGCGGUGAGGUAGAUGUGCGUUCAAGGCAUGCUGCAUGUCCUGUGUUAACUGGUGUGAAGUGGGUCACGAACAAGUGGAUUCAUGAACGAGGUCAAGAAUGGCGUCGACCAUGCGGUCUUAAUCGGUUCGAUCAGGAGCAGUAUGUAGGUGAUCUUGGAGCUCCCGAACCCAGAUUUUACCCAAAUGUUAGAUCAGAACCACUGAAAGCAGCUAUAAAGGCUUGA